GUUGAAAGAGGCAGCCCCAAGAGUUGUUUCCUAUUCCUGGGUUAUGUUUUAUGUGAAAUAAACUGGGUCAGUGUCCUCUCUGAUGCCUGGAAUCCCAAUCCUCAUCCCGAGACUCACAACAUGAUUGUCUGUUUGCUGUAUAUGAUGGUCCUGUUGGCAAAGGAGGAACAGCUUAUAGGCAGAGAGGAAUCACCAGUAAUUAAUCUCCUUGGACAGACCAGCUCCCUCCCUUGGCAACUUGUGGGCAUCUCAUCCUAUCAGAGCAUCAUCGACUACUGCAAUAGCCAUUAUCCUCCUUCUGUUAUCCUUGCCCAGGAUACAGCAGCUGAACUGGUAGUGAAGCUCCUAAAAAUAUCAGCAGGCUUUGGUGCAUCUUCAGACAGUCACAUCCACCUUGAUGCAACGCUGAAAUGCCGAGCGUACAUUCACCAAGUGAUUCAAUUUCUUAGCACCUUAGAACAAAGCGGAAAGAUUACUCUUGCAGUGUUGGAGCAAGAAAUGUCCAAGCUACUAGAUGAUAUAAUCAUCUUUAAUCCUCCAGGUUUGUAUUAA